AUGAGCUCGGGAUUUGUGUCCGAAGCUGAACUUGCUGAGCAACGGAAAGCUAGACAAGAAGAAUGGGAGCGUGUGAGAACUGCUGAAGAUCCAAUUGAACGUCCGGAAGAAAAAUGUGAUCCCAGGCCGCUGUAUGAAAAAUUACAAGAGCAAAAAAAUAAACGAGAUCUUGAGUAUGAAGAAGCUCACAAACUUAAAAAUAUGAUAAAAGGUCUAGAUGACGAUGAAGUUGAAUUUCUAGACCUGGUCGACAGAAAAAAACUAGAAGAAGAAAGAAGGAAGAAAGAAGAAGAAGCUCAAGAGCUGCGUGACUUUAAAAAAGCCGUUGCUUCUCUGCAAGAUAAAAUGCAGGAAGAGAGACUGAAAUCAGAGUUGAAGCCUCUGUCUACUGGAAGCAAAACAGCUGGUAAACAUUCCCAGGUCAAAGUAUUAGCAGGUGUUGUUGUUAACAGACCUGACAAGUCAGGAUCUAGCCAAGGUACCAAGAGAAAAUUACCUGAGACUGAUAUCGAUGACAACUCGCCAAAAAAAGAAAUAAAAGCAGCGCAGCCAACAAGUCAGUCAGUAAGAAUGAAAUGUAUUGGAAUUCUUCCGGGAAUCGGGUCUUAUAAUGAUUCAAGUGAUACUGAUUGUUCGUCGGAUUCUGAAGCAGAGUAUGCUAAUCCUGUCAAGUAUGAUUUGUUAGGGAGAAAAAUAGAAAUAAAGUCUGAGGAUAAAAGCUAG